CUUAAACAUUUAAGUGCAACAAGGAUUUCCUACAGUGUAAGCGAAUACUCAUAGUCUAUUCUUUGACUAUAGUUAGACGUCUAUUAGACUUUCAACAAAUUUUGCCUUAUUUUAGCCAUAAUUGCUUGCUGGUACAACAUGCUGGGGGCAGUACCUAUGCUAAUACUACACAGUCAGUCAGCAGUUGUGGGCGGGGCAACAUGCAAAUUAACUCUUUCCCCCAUCGACAAAUUAACUUGUCAAUUAAGAGGAUCGUUUCCCAGCCAAAUGACGAGUUUUUAUGGCAAUCUAUAUUUCUGCUAUAUAUCCACCAGGUGGGCUCUUACCCAACUUAUAAAACACUGAUCCACUGAUAUGAAUCUCUCAUAUUAGGUUACAGAAAAAAAUUUAGUAUAUAUGAAAUCAUAUAUGAAUUCCUGCCUGUGAAAACCCAUUUAAAGUAAUUUAUUUGUGAUUUACUAUUUUCAACGUAAAAUCCUCGUAGAUAAAGUAAAGAACAUUCUUUAUAAAUAUAAUCUUGAUAUCUUUAUUAUUGACUGAGUUAAAUCAUGUCAAAGAUUAAAAUCAAAGUUUAAAUGCUCCUCGUCCCAUUAUUAGAUUAUGACACACUAGUCUAGAUAUCACAGACUGAGUCAUAAAGUUUUUGCCUUGUUGUUUCCAAGUAUCUUUCGCAAUCCACCAGCGGUUCUUUUAUUCAAAUUUGUGUCACCGGUUCCUCAGUUUUCUCACUGGACAUUGGAGAGGGCUCAUUCACUGGCACUUGUUUCAAACACCCCCACCUCCCUUCACAUAACCAUCCACCAACAUGCUGGCAAAUGUUAUUUCGUGUGCUGGUGACAGGUCGCUCAGCCCUGUGUUAUUGUGCUCUUGCAAUAACGGCAAGGUUAACUUUACACAGGACUAAGGAAACACUUCUGUCCUGACGCAGUUGUCCAGUGUUUCUCUGAAGAGCCCCGCGGUGAAGCUGGAGUUGAACUUGUGUUCAUAAACAGGUGCAGAUCUACAGAUUGUGGAGUUCCCACCUGAAAUCAAAGGGACAUGCAAGAGCAUAACAUGGAUCAGCCCACAUCACUGUCACAACUGUUACGGGAGAGUUACCUGGCUGAAGCCAGAGCUCAUCACCGACACGGUGAAUCGAGUUGCAUAGAUUCACCUCGACGUCUGGUAUAUGGAGCUAUUAAAGAGAAAGCGGACAAUUCUGGUGGGAAUUUGGAACCACAGUUCCCGGACUUGUCUGCCUUCUUGAGUCAGGAAGAGCUGGACAAGAGCGUCGAUUUGGCCUGCAAGGCCAUCGGCAAUGAGCCACAACAACGUGAGGCCAAAUCUGAUGGACACCCGCAAGUAACCCAUUAUGACGUUUUGUCCGACAGACCUGCUCUCGAGAUGGCGGUCAUGUCGGAGAGGCAAUCGGCCCAGCCUUCCAUUCAAGACGACACGGUUAGAAACAUCAGAACUUCGAGGGAAUCUCCUCCAGACUUCAAAAGAGCCACGAGAAAUGCUCCAUAUGGUUUGGAGACACAAUCCAAGAAGGAGUUCCUCAACAAGGCGGCCGAUUUUAUCGAGGAGCUUUCUUCUCUGUUCAAGGCCAACAGUUCGAAACGAGUUCGACCACGUUCUUGUAAAGCCCAUCGGAGUCGAAAUCAGAACAAAGCCCAGCCCGAUGGUGCUCUAUACUCCUUUAAUGCAGAAGAUAGAGAAAGACCUGUUCUCUUUAGCCAACAGACGGAGGAACCGAUGGAGUUUGACCAAGUCGUAGAGGAACCACAUGUCCUAGAGGAGCCGCAGGUGUCCAGAUGUGAUAUAGAGUGUAAGGCUCCAGCUUUAAUAGAGACAGAGAACACAGAGGAACCUGUAUAUGAACCUCCACAGUUUAUUCAGAAACUCAAAAGCAGAGAGGUUCCAGAAGGCAGUAAAGUCCAGUUGGACUGCAUUGUCACAGGACUGCCGACACCAGAAGUUAGAUGGUUUUGUGAGGGGAAAGAGUUGGAAAACAGUCCUGAUAUUCAGAUCAUCAGUAUUGGCGAUCGACACUCUCUGAUCAUCGCUGAGGCUUUUGAAGAAGACACAGGCAGAUAUUCCUGCUUCGCUUCCAAUUUUUACGGUACUGACUCCACAUCAGCUGAAAUCUACAUUGAGGGUGCAUCAUCAUCAGAUUCUGAAGGAGAACAACAAGCUCAACUUUAUAAUAAAGACGCUCCUCCAAAGACUGAUAUAACCUCAGUAACACCUGACACAUAUGUUGAAGACUUUACACCAACUGUAAUCAACCCCAUCCCUGAAGAACCGGAACCUUUGGAAACAGAUGAAGAUCCUCUGGCACAGUUGAACUUGGACCCACCUUCUGUGCAAGGUGAUACAGAUCUUCUGGUUUCUGAGGUUAUCAGCUCUCAAACACCUGAACUAGAAGCAAUCGCGCCACUACAAGUACCACCAACAUCACAGUCUCAGGUGGAGUCCUCUCCACCACCUACUCAUCCAACUGUUUCUCCAUCAUCACUUCCAGCUAACCAAAGUAUAUCUAAUAUACUGUCAACAUCUCAACAGAGCAACCCUGAGAAUCUAAAUGGCAGCAGUAGUUAUCUUGAAAGCUUCGAUAUAAGACCCAUAAUGGCAGCUCCUGUUUUUACAAAGACCCUUCAGGAUGUUCUGGCUCAAGAGGGUCAGCUGGUAGUGCUGGAGUGCCGAGUGAAAGGUAUUCCCUCCCCUAAAGUGGACUGGUACAGAGAGGGAACACUUAUUGAUGAUUCUCCAGACUUCAGGAUCCUCCAGAAGAAACCCAGGUCCAUGGCUGAAUCAGAGGAGAUAUGUACUUUGGUCAUUGCGGAGGUCUUUCCUGAGGAUUCAGGAACUUUCACUUGCACGGCCAGCAAUAAAUACGGCACAGUCUCCAGUAUCGCAGUGCUGAGGGUGAAAGGACGCAAUAUCGAAAGCAUGGAACCAGAUUUUCCUCGGGUAAACAACAAACUUCACUCAAGUAUGGUUUGUCUUGACCCUUUGGACUCAGCCUCAAUGCAGUCAGACACUCUGGACACUGGAAGUCAUUCCCCAGAAUCCCUAAACUCCAGUUUACGCCGCCAUGACCUAGCCACCAGCCUGCCCAGUCUAAACCCUCUUACUAUUGGAAAGCUCCACUCGGAUACAUUUAGGUCAAGUUUACCUCAGCUGGACCCACUGAGCCUCAGUUGUUCUCGCCUUAACCCAGUGAAUUUGGACUCAAAACAGAAACCUCUCAGCUCUUUCACAACACACUUUGAUUCAGGUGGGUCUGAUUUGAAAUCUUCCACGGAAGCAACCCAGUGUCCACCCAAUGGAUCAACGUCCACCAUUAAUCUGAGCUCUGACUUGAAUGCUCAAGUUGAACCGUCACAAAACGUUCAAGUUGGGUCAGAAUCUAACUCCCACCCUUCUGUUAUUAUUCCCAAGUUAGAAAAAUCCAGUAACAAUCAUGAUCGUACACUUCUUAAGCCUUUACCAGAUCCCCCAACCUCCUGCCUCAAGACCAGAUCUGAGGGUGUGUUAGCCAAUCACAAUGAGUCUCGCUCCAGUUCACGAGUGGGUCUCAGAGUGACCUUUAAACUACCUGAGGAUGAAGAGGAGGAAGAGAAAUCAAAUUCAUCCAACAAAGAACCACCACCUGUGCUGGCUAAACCAAAAUUAGACCCAGUGCAACUUCAGAUCCUCCACAACCAGGUGCUUUUGGAACAGCAGCAGGACAGUACCUCUCCAAGUUCUGAGCCAACGACUGUCACCCCAGAUCACUCCCCUCCAAAUUCAAUGUCUUCACAACUCAAAAUGAACUCUGGUCCGACUCCACAGUUGAUGACUGCAUCUGUCCCUGUACAGCCUAUAGCACCGACCCCUAUAUUAAAAACUGCACCAGUAUCCCAGUUGAAUAAGCCUUUAUCCAGUUCAAUGCCACAGCUUAGUCCAUUAGCCAUCCCAAUAGCUCAAAAAAAUCUUGUACCAUCUACUUUGUUAAAUAAUAUUCCACAGACUGUGGCUCCCUUGGCGUCUUUUACCCAAACGACUGUUGUGCCUACUGCCCCUCAUCUCAAUAUAGACCCAAUCUCACCAAUGGCCCAACUCAAUAUGUCUUCAAUAGCUCCUGUGCCAAAUGUGACACCACUCAUCCCAAUAACUCAACCAACAGCUCCCAACAUGACUCAAUUCAAUCUAGGACCUACUAGACCUUUGCCUCAGUUUAUCAUGGCUUCACCCAUCCAACCAAACACCAACCAUAUGCCCUCCAUCACCCCGUCCACUCACAUAUCACAAAUAAACAUGACUCAUACCCUACAGAAGACCUCUGUUGAAGUAGACAAGACUAUAGCUAAGACACAGUCACUGAUAACAUCUGAUGUAGCGAGCAUAAACAACAUCAUGUCUAAGGCAAACACCACCCAAGUUACUCAACCCAGCAUUAAUUUACCACUAAUACAAGACACAAAGAAUAAAAGUGUAUCUAAUGUACCGAUGGGUAAAGUCAGUUCCCCUCAGCUUCUUAGUAAUCCACCUGCACCCACAUCAAGUCUAGCAUCUGCUCCACCAUUGAACUCCACCCAGACUCCUUUAGCCAGUCAGAUACCAGUUUCUACCCAGAGCUUCAGCUACACAAGACCAAAGGAAUUCAUUGCUGCCCAAACUCUCUCUCCUAUCAGGAGUCCCUCUCCAACCGAGUCCCCUGUUCCAAUGCUCCAUGAAAUAGCAGCACAGAUAUUCCCAAAGUCAACACGGGAGCUUAUGUCACCCGUCAACCAGUUUGUCCCAUCGGCAAAAAAGUUCCCAACAAGGAUUCUGGAAUCUCCCAGCAGCCCUCCAGCAUAUGUUUCCUCACCACCUUUAAUGCAUCCUGGCCUGAUGAACUCAGUCUUUUCUUUUAGAACUCAGUCUCCACCACAGGCUUCUUCCCCAACUUCAAGCUGCUCUUCUCCCAGCCCUAUCCACAAUCCAGUGGCCUUCCUUAGCUCUGUCCUACCUUCACUGCCAACAUCUCCUCCAACCAAUGCCAUGGGGCUGCCUAAGGGGGCUCGUCCCGGACCUCAAGGCGCAAUGAAGAAGAAUCAAAGAGGCCUCCGGCCCAUGUCAGAUGACGACAUCCGAGAUAGCAGAGAAACUCUCUUAAAAGAUAUUGAGAAAAAACUACGAUUCACUAAUGAAUCGCUUCGUUUUGGACAACAGGAAUACAAGGUGUCGAACUUUGAGCAGAGGCUACUUAGUGAGAUCGAGUUUCGUUUGGAAAGAACACCAGUCGAAGAGUCGGACGAUGAAGUUCAGCAUGAUGAAAUUCCAACCGGAAAAUGUAUCGCUCCCAUCUUUGACAAGAAACUGAAACACUUCCGGGGUGUGGAAGGGCUUCCCGUCACAUUUACCUGUAAAGUGGUUGGGAUUCCUGUACCUAAGGUGUAUUGGUUUAAGGAUGAACAAAUUUUGAAGAAGAAUGAACACUAUCAGAAGAUCAGAGAAGGCGAUGGAACGUGUUCUUUACACAUAGAAGCUGCUACGAGUGAUGAUGAUGGAAAUUAUACCGUCAUGGCAGCAAAUCCACAGGGCAGGAUAAGUUGCUCCGGACACUUGAUUGUCCAAACGGGUCCGCUGAGAAAUCGACCUGUGGUUCACUCUCAGAGAGUCCGAGCACGUGUACAAGAAGUGGAAGGAGAGUCCACGCAGGAACGAUUUUUCCGUCCUCACUUUCUGCAAGCACCAGGAGACAUGUUGGCACAUGAGGGCAGGCUUUGUCGAUUAGACUGCAAGGUGAGCGGAUUACCUCAUCCAGAAAUCAUGUGGCUUCUAAAUGGGAAGCCGAUAUAUCCUAACAUAACUCAUCGUAUGAUGGUGAGAGAAAAUGGGGUUCAUUCUCUAGUUAUUGAUCCUCUGACUCAAGCCGAUCAUGGGACGUACACCUGCAUCGCCUCAAAUAAAGCCGGCCAGAGUUCUUUCUGUCUCGAUCUCAGAGUAGUAGAGAAAGAGAUGAAGCAGGCGCCACAUUUUUUGGAGAAGCUGCAGAACACGGGCGUGGCCGAGGGAGCACCUGUACGUUUGGAGUGCCGGGUGAUGGGAAUGCCAUCGCCGGUCAUUUACUGGAAAAAAGAUAAUGAAACGAUCUCCCACGCACAGGAGAGAUUGAGCAUGCAUCAGGACACCACAGGGUAUGUUUGUCUACUUAUUCAACCUACCAGAAAAGAGGAUGCUGGUUGGUAUACAGUGUCUGCGAAAAAUGAGGCUGGUGUCACAUCAUGCACAGGCAGAUUAGACAUAUAUGCUCAGUGGCAUCAACACGUCCAUCCUCCCAUGAGGAAAACACAGCUCAAUGGAAACCGGUACACAGCUCUGACAUUCGAAAGUGAGGAACUAUAGAAGCUUGUGGAGUUGUGAUGGUGCACAAAUAUUUUUAGACACAACAUUAUGUUUAGUACUUGCAAUCUAAAUAAUUUAAUUGUAGAAAUUUGAGUUUAAAUUUCCAUUUAAUGCAACAAAACACUAAAUAUUUUUAAAUACACAUGGAUAUAUUUUGGUAGCAGCUGAAUGUAAUUGUUUCUUUCUUUCCUGCAUUUGCACAUGCGUCUGUCUUUAGCUACUAAUAUGAGCCAUUAUCAAAAUAUAAUCUAGACUCUGCAAACUUCUGCAGCUAUUUUAUUAUUAACAUAUCACACAUACAUCAUAUAUAUAAUGAUGAACAGUGUUGUUUCUUGUUAGUAGGCUGCGUGUCUGUCUUCUUUUUAAGUCAUGUAAUGUCAGCAGGUCAACAAAAUGUCCUAUUUAACUUGUUUUUCAACAUUAAAUCCUGCUGCUCUUUAGGUUUUUAUUAAAUUAAGUAUGUGUAUGCAAAUGACUAGUUGUGGGUUUUUUUCUUGAUAAGUACUAUGUCUAAUAUGGCAGCGUCAGUGCCAAAUUUAAGUAUGGGUUUAGAGAUGAGAGAAACCCUCUAAAUCUACUUCAAACAUAUUUUUAGAAAGAAAUGGAUAUAUUUUGCACUUCACUUUAACAAAACUAUGUUUUACAUUUCAAACCUGUGUGAAUGUAGCUGAGUGAUCUGAUGAGAACUGACCAACAUCAUAGCUGUGAUUAUCAAAUGUUGAUAGGAAAGAGUAAACAAGAAUGAGAAAAAUAAAAUUAUAUAUUAUUGUUGAGAAUUAUUGUGAAGAAUAAUUAUGCUGCUUUAGACAAUGUAACAAAUUAGAUUUUAUUAGAUAUUAUUACAUUUUUGUGGAUGUUUACAAAGCCUUUUAUGAAAUGUAUUGUUUUACCACCCAUAGAACAAUUAAAUGCAAAUGAUGUGAAAAUGUAUAAUAGGUUUCUUUUCUUGAAAAUAAAGUUAUAUUUAUUCAAUCAA